GGGUUUAGUUUCCACGUGAGCCUCUGGAGGCCGCGGCAGCAGCACUUUGGAUAGGCAGCAUGUCCGCCACAGCAGCAUCUCGAAAGCGGGGAAAGCCGGUCGCCGGGGUUGGGGCCGCUGCAGGGGCCGGCAAGCGGCGGAGAAAGGUCGAUUCUGCGGGUGACAGGAGCAAGUCCAAAGGCGGCGGCAAGAUGAACGAGGAGAUCUCCAGCGACUCGGAGACCGAGAGCCUGGCUCCAAGGAAGACUCAGAAAGAGGAGGAAGAAGAAGAGCUGGAGGAAAAUGCCCAGGAGAAGAAGCUGCGCUUGGCUAAGCUUUACCUUGAGCAGCUGAGGCAGCAGGAGGAGGAGAAGGCUGAGGCACGGGCAUUUGAAGAGGACCAAGUGGCAGGGCGCCUAAAGGAGGAUGUGCUUGAACAGAGGGGCAGGCUGCAGAAGUCAGUGGCAAAGGAGAUCCAGACCCCAGGUCCAGCAGACAUUCGGGUCUUGCGGGGCCACCAGCUCUCCAUCACGUGUUUGGUGAUCACCCCUGAUGACCUGGCCAUCUUCUCUGCCGCCAAAGACUGCACUAUCAUUAAGUGGAGUGUGGAGAGUGGACGGAAGCUGCAUGUGAUUCCAAGGGCCAAGAAGGGUGUGGAGGGGCAGGCCCCUGGCCACAGCAGCCACGUCCUCUGCAUGGCCAUCUCCUCCGACGGCAAGUACCUUGCCUCAGGUGACCGUAACAAGCUCAUUCUCAUUUGGGAAGCCCAGAGCUGCUGCCACUUGUACACCUUCACAGGACAUCGGGAUGCCGUGUCGGGGCUGGCAUUCCGAAGAGGCACCCACCAGCUCUACAGCACCUCCCAUGACCGCUCUGUAAAGGUGUGGAACGUGGCGGAGAACUCCUACGUGGAGACGCUCUUUGGCCAUCAGGAUGCUGUGGCCGCACUGGACGCCCUGAGUCGGGAGUGCUGUGUGACAGCUGGGGGCCGGGACGGCACUGUGCGUGUGUGGAAGAUUCCUGAGGAGUCCCAGUUGGUCUUCUAUGGCCACCAGGGCUCCAUUGACUGUCUCCAUCUCAUCAACGAGGAGCACAUGGUGUCGGGUGCGGAUGAUGGCUCUGUUGCCUUGUGGGGCCUCUCUAAGAAGCGGCCACUUGCCGUGCAGCGGGAAGCUCAUGGGCUGCAGGGGGAGCCAGGCCUGGAACAGCCCUUCUGGGUGUCAUCAGUGGCAGCCCUCCUUAACACAGACCUUGUAGCUACAGGCUCCCACAGCUCUUGUGUGCGGCUUUGGCAGUGCGGGGAGGGCUUCAGGCGGCUCGAUCACCUCUGCGACAUCCCUCUGGUGGGUUUUAUCAACAGCCUUAAGUUUUCCAGCACUGGGGACUUCCUAGUGGCUGGAGUAGGCCAGGAACACAGGCUUGGCCGAUGGUGGCGGAUCAGAGAGGCUCGAAACUCAGUCUGCAUCAUCCGGCUGCCCAGGGUCCCUGUGCCCCCUGCAGCUGGCUCAUGAUAGUCAUCCUCCUUAUUUAAGUUCUUCCAAUACCCGGCCCCACUCUUUGUAUUAAAAAGAUCCUUUUUUGGA